UCCUUCUCCAGACUGCAGGAGGAGAUCAUACAGAAAGAGGAGGCAGAACACAACCUGACUGCUUUCAGAGCAGACGUGGAUACCGCCACCUUAGCCCGACUGGACCUGGAGAGAAGAAUUGAGACCCUUCAGGAAGAGAUCGCCUUCUUGAAGAAGAUCCAUGAAGAGGAGAUCCGCGAGCUGCAGGCCCAGAUGCAGGAGACUCAGGUCCAGGUUCAGAUGGACAUGUCCAAACCGGAUCUGACGGCGGCCCUCAGGGACAUCAGAGCCCAGUACGAGUCCAUCGCCGCCAAGAACAUCAACGAGGCGGAGGACUGGUACAAGUCCAAGGUGACGGAUUUGAACCAGGCGGUGUCCAAGAACAACGAGGCUCUGAAGCACGCUAAGCUGGAGACCAUGGAGUUCAGACACCAGAUCCAGUCCUACAUGUGUGAGAUCGACUCUCUGAAGGGCACGAAUGAGUCUCUGAUGAGGCAGAUGCAAGAGAUGGAGGAUCGCCAUGGCCGCGACGCGGGCGGUUUCCAGGACACCAUCGCCAGGCUGGAGUCGGAGAUCGCCAACAUGAAGGACGAGAUGGCUCGACACCUGCGCGAAUACCAGGACCUGCUCAACAUCAAGAUGGCGCUCGACGUGGAGAUCGCCACCUACAGGAAGCUCCUGGAGGGAGAGGAGAGCAGGAUCUCCAGGCCCAUGCAGGCGUACUCCUCCCUCAGCUUCAGAGAGACCAGUCCUGAGCACCAGCGUGCCGCCUCCUCUGAGAUGCACUCUAAGAGAUCCGUCCUCAUCAAGACCAUUGAGACUCGUGAUGGAGAGGUGGUCAGUGAAUCCACACAGCAUCAGGAAGACGCCAUGUAGACAGCAGGAGAGCGCACACACACACACACACACACACACACACACACACAGACACAGACACACACACACACACACAGAUAUUUAACACUCAGAUAUUUAACAAGCGAUAUCCAGUCAAAUAAACACAUAGACCUGCAUCCUGCAUAUGUUUCUGGUCUACUUCCUGUUCCUGUUCUGGUGUAUUUCCUGUUCCUGUUCUGGUCUAUUUCCUGUUCCUGUUCUGGGCUACGUUCUGUUCUUUCCUCAAGCCUGUAUGGAGUGAGCCAAGCACGCAUGAGGAGAGAGACGAGAGAGGGAGGAGGAGGAGGAGGAGGAGGAGGAGGAGGAGGAGGAGGAGGAAGAGGAGGAGGAGAAGAAGGAGCACCUGCCCAUUCUGAUUUUAGUUCGACUUUGAUCAGAUCUUAGAGAGACGUGUGAGAGGGAGAGACAGCAAGAGGGUUUCCCUUCGGCGUCACAUGAUGAAGGGAUGAAGGGAUGAGAGAGAUGAGAGUGAGGGAUGGAGAGAGAGGAUGAUGAGGUGAUCACGGAGGUGUUAAUGAGAAACCUGAUCUGAGAGAAAAAAGGGAACUAUUUAUAAAAGACAAUAAACAUCAAUAAACAUAGACACCAAA